AUGCUGUUCGGUUGGAUCGAGAAAACCGCUUGUAAAUUCCGCUUUGCCCAGGCUGGUUAUUCGGAACCGAUAUUAAAGAAUUAUUUAAAGUUUGUGAACCGGGACAACGCAUUCAGCAAGAACAAAACAGGAAACCCGAUCCGACAUGCAUCCUUCGUGUCGCGAUGGGCCUUCUGGUGGUUGAAGGAUAUUUUUAGGGCCGGCCUUCGGCAUGAGAUUACAGAGGAUCAGUUGUACGCCGCAUUGCCUGAACUCAGAGGUGCCAGAUUGUCGGAGAAAUUCGAACGGCUGUGGACCGAAGAGCUCGAGAGGAAGCAACCUCUAUUGAUACGAGCUUUCUAUAGAGCUUAUGGAAAUGCCAUCCUGUUUUGGGGAUUACUAUUUUCAGUGUUCGAAUCGGUUAGCCGAGUUACUCAACCGCUGUUCCUCGGUACGUUUCUUUCGUACUUCGCGACCAGUGAAACAACCUUCAACGAACGUGAAGCGUUUUACUAUGCUGUCGGAAUGAUAAUCUGCUCGUUGCUUCCCGUAGUUACGUUUCAUCACUACUUCAUGUUUGUUGCCGUGGUCAGUAUGAAACUCCGUAUCGGAAGUUCAUGUUUAAUCUACCAGAAGUCAAUGAAACUAACGAAUUCAGCAAAGGGUACCGGAGGUGUAAGUGGAGUAAUCAUCAAUCUGAUGUCCAACGAUGUUGACAGAUUUGAAAUGGCACUUUACUUGAUUCACGAUCUUUGGAAAGGUCCAGCGCUUUGUUUAAUUUUAGGUUAUCUGAUAUACCUCGAAAUAGGCUAUCCAGGCCUACUGGGAUUGGCAUUUCUGUUAAGUUUCAUUCCAUUACAAACUUGGAUCAGUAGAAAAGCGUCCGCAUAUAGGAUGAAGGCGGCCAAAAGAACCGACAGCCGGGUAAGCUUGAUGAACGAAAUCAUUCACGGUAUUCAAGUUAUCAAGAUGUACACCUGGGAGAGCCGGUUUGCGAAGAUGGUGAAACAGGUGCGCCGCAAAGAAAUCAACGCCAUUCGCGGUGGCACCUACAUACGGGCCACUCUAACCUCGUUCUUCGUAAUCUCUCGAGUGUCGAUCUUUCUCAGCCUGCUGUCCUACACGUACACGGGAAAUCUGAUCACCGCUCGGAAGGUGUUCAUUACAUCUAGCUUUUUCAGCAUUUUGAACGAAUCGAUGGUCCAUUUCUGGCCGUUGGCAAUUACGUUCUGUGCAGAAGCAUACAUUUCGGUGAAAAGAGUGCAAGAGUUCUUACUGACAACGGAGGGAAAGCCGCGAACCAAAGCGAUAGCAAGUGCCACGGAGAAAGGUGGUGGUGCUUCGAUCGAAAACGAAGAAAAGAAGGUUGUGAAGAGUAACGGAACAGUGGACAAUAGCGGAGAGAACGAACGGCUUCUGAUGGCCAGAAGAGUAGUGAAUUUAAAUAGCGAGAAGAAAGGAAUUGUGAUGGAAGAUGUCACUGCGAGCUGGUUCAUGAGCGAAGAGGAAUCGAACGUGGGAAUAACUUCUGUCACAACAACGAUAGAAGAAGGUCGGCUUUGUGUGGUGAUUGGUUCUGUGGGAUCGGGAAAGACUACCUUUCUGCAGGUUUUGCUAGGAGAACUGGAGGUUGACGAAGGAUUGGUCCAGAUCAAUGGAUCGGUGAGUUAUGCGGCACAAGAACCGUGGCUAUUCGAGGACAGCAUUCGGAACAAUAUUCUCUUCGUCGAAGAAUAUGACGAACAGAGGUACCUAACGGUGAUCAAGAUCUGCGCUUUGGAGCGGGACUUCGAGCUGUUUCCGCAUGGAGAUCAAACGAUCGUCGGAGAACGAGGUAUCAGCCUCAGUGGAGGACAGAAGGCUAGAGUCAAUUUGGCACGUGCCGUCUACAAGCGAAGCGAUAUCUAUCUACUCGAUGAUCCACUGUCAGCGGUCGACACCCACGUCGGCAAGCACAUUUACGAGAUGUGUAUCCGAGAUUUCCUCUCGAAUAAGGUUUGCGUUCUGGUGACGCAUCAAUUGCAGUAUUUAAAAGAUGUUCAGCACGUUUUGCUAAUGGAAGCCGGAUGUGUCAAAACACAGGGAACAUUUAGGGAGCUUAAGAGAACCAGACUCGAUUCGAUAACGUCUUUGAGUUCGGAGGACUCUUCGCCAGAAGAUCAGUUCGAACAAGACUUCAAAGAGUCGACUGUUGAUUGUGAAAAGAAGUUUCUAGACGAAACAAAGCAACAGGAAACAGUUAAAGAAUCUCUAGAAAAGGGCAAAGUGAAGCUGUCGGUGUACAAAACCUACAUGACAUCGCUCGAUAAUUACUUGUGGAUAGUUCUAGUCGUUUUGCUUUUAAUUUUAGCACAGCUAGCCCUAAGUGCAGUUGACUAUUUCAUAGCCGAAUGGGUUAACUGGGAAGAAUCGCUCGUCGCGAAAACUUUCGAAUUGAAAGAAAAUCAAACGACUGACACUCAGCUGGAGAACAUAACACUAGCAUCGAAUGAUCACGACGAAAAGAGAUAUCAAUUUAUAGUGACUUACGCUGUUUUAAUUGGUGCUUUUGUUUAUUUGAUCGUACAGCGUACCUUCUCAUUCUCCAGCACUUGUUUACGUAUCUCAAUGACACUUCACGAUCGAAUGUUUCAGGGAUUAACUCGAGCUACAAUGCAUUUUUUCAACACUAACCCUUCCGGCAGAAUCUUGAAUCGUUUUUCGAAUGAUAUUGGAGCGAUCGAUACUGAACUACCGUUUUCUCUGUUUGAGUGCAUUACGAUUAUACUGGAAGUGAUCUCCGUGGUGUCAUUGGCAUCGAUUGUUAAUUACUGGCUCCUACUGCCCACCGUGAUCAUGGCCUUCCUUAUGCAUUACAUCCGGAAGAUAUACUUGCACAGUUCGCGAGUUAUAAAACGCAUCGAAUCAGUCAAUCGGUCACCCAUCUUUGCUCAGACGAAUGCGACCAUUCAAGGUCUGACGACGAUUCGUGCCUUUCAAGCACAGCGGACACUGACCGAAGAAUUCAACGAGCAAAUCGAUAUCAAUACAUCAGCUCACUACAUCACUGAGGCAGCUUCGAGAGCUUUUGCGCUCUGGUUGGAUUUUGUGUGUGUGAUCUACAUAGCAGUGGUAAUGCUGAGUUUCGUCAUUUGGGGUCGAGACAUGCUCGGGGGAAGUGUUGGACUAGCAAUAUCGCAGACACUAAAUUUGAUAGGAAUGUGUCGGUGGGGAAUCCAGGAAACGGCGGACCUCGAAAAUCAUAUGGUUUCGGUGGAGAGAGUGUCCGAGUAUACCAAUCUGGAACCGGAACCUCCGCUGGAGUCGGAACCAAAGUACAGACCUCAGAGAAACUGGCCCGAACACGGUAUGGUAGAGUUCUCCAAUGUGGAUCUGAGUUAUUCGGAUGAUGGAGAAAAGGUUUUGAAAGAUUUAAACUUCACCAUUUGGCCGAAUGAAAAGAUUGGAAUUGUUGGCCGGACAGGAGCGGGCAAGUCCUCUCUCAUCCAGGCAUUGUUCCGACUAGCACCCUACGAAGGAGUGAUCGAAAUCGAUGGUUUGGACACGAAGACACUUGGACUGAAAGAUCUGAGGAGCAAAAUUUCGAUCAUUCCGCAGGAUCCGAUUCUGUUUUCCGGGACGCUUCGGAGUAAUUUAGAUCCGUUCGAGGAGAAAAAUGACGAGGAACUAUGGGACGUGUUGGAUCAGGUGGAGUUGAAGGAAGCGAUUUCUUCUUUCGCCGGAGGAUUGCAAUGCAAAGUGUCCGACGGGGGUAGUAACUUUAGCAUGGGACAACGACAGCUGGUUUGUCUGGCGAGGGCCAUGCUUAGGAAGAACAAAAUUUUAGUAUUGGAUGAAGCUACUGCCAACGUUGAUCCAAAGACGGAUAAACUCAUUCAAACCACGAUUCGCACUGAAUUCGCUGAGUGUACAGUACUAACAAUUGCCCAUCGGCUGCACACGGUCAUGGACAGCGAUCGAGUUCUGGUGAUGGAUGCCGGCCGAGUCGUAGAAUUCGGACAUCCACACGAUUUGAUAAACGAAGCAGCGACUGGUUAUCUGCGGCAAUUGGUGGAAAAUACUGGACCUACUACGGCCGCCACUUUGAUGCAAAUCGCCGAAGAGAAUCUCAAAGGAAAAAAUCACCCGAAAUUAAAAUGAAACCUUUGAAAUUAAAAAUCUUUGAGUGUUCAUUCAUUCGAUGACACUCAACAGUGAGAAGAUAGUUGACUGGAUUCGGUGGCAAUUUUGGUGGCCAAGUGUGCCAGGUAAUAAUGCGGGAUUUUGGCAAGAGACGUCUCUGCACACAGGGAUUAGUUCAACGUCAACAAUAUUGUGCCAUUUUUCGCAGCAUCAUUCCGUUUCAAAGAAAACCAUUACUAAAUUUGCUUUGAAAAUUUCGUUCUUAUCUUUGUCGUAAAUUUUUUCAUUAUUAGACAUUUCGACCAACAUAUAAUAAGUUCAACGAAAAAACUAUUGUUUGAAUUAAAACUGGUUUAUUCACCUCUCAUGCACUAUUUAGAUUGAGUCAAUUAAACGAAAAUGAGAUCAAACGAAAACCUGUGCUCCUGUUAUUGCUGUAUAAAAAAUUCAAGUUAAAUGGGUAGUAAUACUUUUUGAGCAGCAUAAUGAAACAUGAUUUGUGAUUAGAUUUUUAUUUUAGUUAUUAUUAUCAAUAUAUCAACCGGCUGUGAUAGUCGAUGAACUCGGUUGUGUUCUGAAAAUGUUGUAAGUUUUUAUUCUCCCGUACACGCUAUACGGAAUCGAACAAAGUACGCUAUGUGCUUUGUUCGUUGGUGUUUUCUUCUUCCGUACCAGCACGUACCGAUGCGUAAUGCUAGUAGUACCAAAGUAGGUUUGUAUAUUCGCCAACUAACAAGAUCUGCCAACUAGAUGAAUUUACCCUUGAAUUUGAUUAGAAUUUGCAUCAGUUGUGAAAAAAAAAUCAUGAAAUAGAAAAUUUUUCACUUAUCGCGCUAAUCCCAAUUCGUAAAAUUGCUUGUCGUGACCUUCCUUACAUGAAACUACUUUAUCAUUUCAUAAAGACCAUUGGAGUUUCAAUUUAAUAAU